GCACCGCUUCAAUUUCCGAAGCCAGAAAAAGAUAGAGGCUUGGAUUCCGAAAUAUCCCUUCUCAUCGGUGUUUGGGUUUCCCUUAGAGUUGAAGUAUGCAAUGAGAAAGAAUAAUGUCCAUGAACCGUGUGUACAAGUUCCAUGCUUGGCUUAUCAAAACUGGCCAACAGAAUCACCCUCCCGCCCUUCGACGCCUCCUGCUGUGAUAGCAAACAAUAACAUAUAGCAAACAGCCUUUGAUCCAAUACACUGAGCCAAGAAAUGAAGGAAGAAGAAGUGAAUCGAUGUCAGAUACAGGAAUGGUACCCUAAGUUUAAAUCCGUGUCUAUUAAAACACGGAUCCAUGAACUUCCAGAAUCCUUUGUCCAAUAUCUUCUUGAUGAUUCAGGGCCUUUCCUUCUUCCAGCUUCUAUCUCAAAUGAAGAUGCCUUACCCAACAGAAUUCAUAAUCCAGAGGAGGAAGAUGAUUAUCAAGUAGUAGAAGGAUCUGAUGAUGAGUCAGAGCGGUCUUCUUUGCCCCCUUCUUUUCCUGAACUUGAGUUGGAAAUUAAGGAAUCUAUUGCAUCCCUUGGAGGUGCUGUGUUCCCGAAGCUAAACUGGAGCGCACCAAAAGAUUCUGCUUGGAUUAGCACAACUGGGACUCUGAGAUGCUCUUCCUUCUGUGAGAUUGCAUUGUUGCUACGAUCAUCUGACUCAUUGGUGCAUGAUUUGUGUCAUGCUUAUGAUUCAUGCAGUGACAAAACCUCCUCAAGGCCCGGGAGCUUCUUCCUUGCUCUUCGUAAAUGGUACCCAUCCCUUCAGCCAGAGAUGGAAUUCCGCUGCUUUGUAAGGAAUCAAAAUUUAGUUGGAAUUUCCCAACGUGAGGCCACAACCUUCUACCCUUCUCUGCUUGAAAGCAAAGAUCAUCUUGGAGUGUUGAUUGAAGACUUCUUUAUGGAACAUUUAAGGUCGAGAUUCGAGUCAGAAAACUACACCUUUGAUGUAUACCUGACCAAGGACAAGCGAGUUAAAGUUAUUGAUUUCAACCCUUGGGGUGCAUUUACACUGCCUCUGAUGUUUACAUGGGAGGAACUGGUACAGAAUGAUAAUGAACAAGGGGAUGGUGUGGACUUCAGAAUUGUGGAGAGCCAGUGUCGUGUCAGGCCAGGUUUGAAGACAGCAGUACCAUUCGAUUAUGUAGACACCAGCUCCGGGAGUGGCUGGGACCAGUUUUUCAGGAAUGCCGAUGAAGAGUUACAGCGACAGAAUAGGUCUCCUGAAGCUGGUGCUUAAGGUCCAUAUAUUAUUGCUUGGACAAGAAUGAAAAUCCUCUGUUACAAUGUUGGAUGAUUUUCCCUGGGUCUUGUGACUGUUGCUGUUUUACUAAUUUUGACACUCAGGCAAUCGACUGGGUGGGACUACCUUAGGCGCACAUAGCAACAUUAUGAAAGUUUUAAGUUCUUUACUUUCACCUGGUAAUUUAUGGAUUUUCAAUGGUGUAUUAUAUACCUUUCUUAGUUUCUGAUACCCUUAUUUUAUGAAAAUGUUGAGUUGUUUAAGUUUAACCCAUUUUUUAUCUAGUUUUUAUUUUUUUUA